AUGGCCUGCUCCUCCUGCUCUUCCUUGUCAAGCUUCUUCGUCUUCACGACCCACAGGAACUGGCAACCGCUGCUCUCCAAGCCCGCGGCCAGUUCCCGCGUCUGCUCCGGCGACAGCGCCGUACGGCUGCCGAAGCUCAAGUAGACGACGGAACCAGUCGGCUGGCCGUCGAGCCACGCGAGCGAGUCUUCGUCGCCGCCGCCAGAGUUGGGUUGGGAGUGCUCCGGGAGGAGCGGGCCGAUGGCGACCACCGGCGGGAGGCCGGGGACUACCUUGCCGGUGUUGAGCGCCGCCAGAGUGGCCGGCUCGAGGGCCUCCCAGGUGUUGAUGACAAUGCCGUCUGCAUGGGGCAUCACCUUCCCGUUCUCCACGAACUGGGUCGUGAAGAGAUUCCCCGGGUCACGGAGCGGCCGCGGGAUGGAGCGCAGGGGGAGAUCCUCCGCUAGCCCGGGGAUCUUCAAGAUCGCCGGCAGGGAGGCGGCGGCGAUUUGCGGGAAGGAGACGCAUAGGGAGAGCAUCUUGGCGGAGGAGGUGAAGAGGACGUAGGUUGGAAGGGGGACGGCGGCGGCGACGGGGAGCACGGCAGAGAUGAGGCUGACGUCGCAGAUGAGCGCUGACAGUCGAGGAGCGGCGGAGGAGAGGAGCGGCCCGAGGAGUGCGGCGGAGCGGCGGAUGGCCUCGAACUGGAGGAAGAAGGGGUCGGUGGAGGCCGCGGAGGAGGAGUCGAAGGGGAGAAGGGGGAACUCCAGCGGCCGAACGCCGUCGGAGGAGGCGACUAAGUCGGAGACAUGGCGGGCCUCGGCGGCGGAGACCACCGGCGUGGGCGUGAUGAAAGUGACGCCGCAGCCGCGCGAGGCCAGCGCGGCGGCGAGCCGGAGGAACGGCGUGAGGUGGCCCAUGCCAGCGCUUGUUAGCAGGGCCACUUGGGGAGCAGCCGCCGCCGCCGGUGGAGUCAUGGAUCCGAUCUCGGAGUGUGUUGAAGGUGGGGAGCUCUGCGGGAGGACAGGGCGCUGGGGUCGUGACGCGGCCGGUGGAGAUACCUCCCUCCCAUUUGAAGCGCCCGGUGGAGGUAAGCUCACUGACCCGUCCAAUCACCACAUGGGACCCGUGUCGCCCAUAUUUUCAUAAUAUGAUAAGUUUCGUAGCUAUAUUUUUCUGAAAAUUAUGACCAUUUUGGGAAUGUUCCGGAUUGGAAAUCUCGAUCAAUCUUUAAGACAGGUGGGACAGAUAUUCACAUGCUGUGUAAUCUUACCGGCAGCUCUACCUACCUUCUGUGCUGUCAGAUUUCCCACCGUCCAAUCUUCUGUGCGGAUUGGUAAUCUGCACCGUCCAAUUCACCUACUUCAGACAGGUUUCCGGGCGCCCUGCCCUGAUUCCGCUCAGGCCCGGGUCAGAUUCAUUAGAUAACAGCCUGUUGAGUUUGAGCGGACGAGCUUCCUCCACGUUUCUGUUCCCCAGGCCCUCCAUCGAGUUUCUAGAACAGUUGGCUGUUGUUCUAG